AUGGCAUGUUUUUCUUCGAGUCGAAUUGGCGCGCAACAAGAACUAUCGGCUCGUUCCAUGAUUAUGGAUGUCACACGUGAAGGUGGUGAAGAGAAUAUGGAGUUGCACAACAACAGUACAACAACAUCCUCGCACCAGCUUGAGAGGAUGUUCAACCCUCACACUCUCACUACUACCAUGAUGAAUCAACAAGAAGAACAUCAACAACAACAAACAUCUCAUGCAUUGCAGAAUGCACUCAGAGAAUUCAAAUCCAUUCUUCAACGUGGUGAUACCGAUCGUACUAGUAUCGGCAAUCACUCGAGUCGACGUGUUGUUAACAAUCAUCAUGAAUCAUCAUCAUUUGUGGAUGAUCCCAAACUCAUUCAAUCGGAAUUGAUGGAUUGUUCAGGUAAUGAGAGACAUGUUCCUGCCAUUCUGUAUCCAACGAGUGUGGAACAAAUUUCACACAUUGUUCGAGUGGCUAAUACCUACAAGAUUCCUCUCUAUCCUGUGAGUACAGGUAAUAACUGGGGUUAUGGAUCGAGUCAGCCUGCCGUGCAUGAUUGUGUCAUUGUGAAUUUAUCGAAAAUGACCAAGAUUGAAUUCGAUGAAGAGAGUGGAGUCGUUACAGUUGAACCAGGAGUGACACAAGGACUCUUACAUCAAUAUCUUGUAAAGAAUAACUUGUCUUAUUUAAUUCCAACCACUGGUGGUGGACCCAAUUGUAGUUUAUUAGGAAAUGCAUUAGAAAGAGGUUAUGGAUUAACACCUCAUGCUGAUCAUUUUGCUGCUGUCACUUCCAUGCAAGUUGUUUUACCGAAUGGUGAAAUUUAUACUUCCAUGCUUGAGAAUAUGGGUGGAUCGAAAAUCAUUGACAAGUCCUUUAAAUGGGGUGUUGGUCCGUAUGUGGAUGGUCUUUUUACUCAAAGUAAUUUUGGUAUUGUAACGAAAAUGACAAUAAUAUUAGCACCUAAACCUGAGAGAAUUGAAACAUUCUUUUUUGGUGUUUCAGAUUUGGCAGAUGGAGUUCAAGGAGUGAAAACUGUACUCAAACAAUUGAGUUCAAAUAUUGGAGCUAUUAAUUUAAUGAAUCAGAGACGAAUGAUGUCCAUGACAGUUCCAUAUCCCAAAGACAAGUUAACGGAUGAAAAUGGAAUUUUACCAUUGCAUGUAGUGGAAGAAAUUUCAAAGAAGAAUAACUUUAUGAAAUGGAAUGGUGUGGGUACCAUUUAUGGAACUUCCAAAGUCGUUGCUGCUGUGAAGAGUGAAGUCAAAAAAUACCUCAAACCACACAUUCAACGAAUGAUCUUUCUCACACCCGAUGAAGUGAACUUUUAUUCAGAGCUUGUUCAAUCAUUACCCAUCAUUAAUACUACUCAUAUUAAUCACUAUUUGAAAACUCUGAACAAAUCCAUGAAGGUCAUGAAAGGAGAACCCAGUGAAAUUGCAUUACCACUCGCUUAUUGGAAAUCAAAGCAUGGUAUACCAUGCUCAAAUACUCGUGGCACGACACAACAAGACGGAACUUCCACUCUUCAUCCUGCAAAAGAUGGUGCUGGUUUGAUAUGGUAUGCACCUCUUCUGCCACUCACGACUACAGACACUGCUCGUUUUGUUGCCAUGGUUGAAGAAGUGUGCGAAAAGUAUGGAAUUGAACCUCUCAUUACUUUGACAAGCUUUUCUGAUCGAUGUACAGAUGGAACCGUUCCAAUUUUAUUUGACAAGGAAACGCAAGUCGAACGAGCUCAUGCAUGUUUGAAAGAACUCACUGAAAGAGGUCGAGAAAUGGGUUAUGUUCCUUACAGGUUGGGAAUUCAUUCCAUGGCUGACAUUACACAGAGAAAUGCAGUACCAUCCAUUUUGAAACAAAUCAAAAAGGUAGUAGAUCCUAAUGGAAUCAUUGCACCUGGCAGAUAUGGAUUGUACUAA